GAGAGAGAGGGGGGGAGAGAGGGAGAGAGAGAAGCCCGACCUAUUCUGAGCACCUUCCAAAUGUUGAGCCCGAGUCGUGAAGUGCUGCUUUUCAGGGGGGCGAGGCUGCAGAGGGAGGGAGACGACGAGGCAAAAACACAGCAACGGACAUCACGCAGAUAUUCGCCCGUGAAGUCCGCUCCACGUCUCCGCUGAGUGCUCCGAUCGUUCAGGAACAAAAGUUAAGAUGGGGACAGUCGGUGUGAUCGCCUUCAGCUUUCUGCUCACCACAGCUCUUUCUGCGCCUGUGAAAAAUGGAGACCACUCCGUGACGUUGUUCUACGGGGAGGAUUUCCACAUCCCGAUGCCCUCGCUGGCGGUGGAUGUCACGUUUCGCAACAGGUCGUCUCCGCGGGCGGGCGAGGUGUUCGUGAUGCGGGGCGGCAUCGUGGUCCACGGUCGGGCCAAAGUCAACCGUCACCUCAGCCACCUCAUCAUAGACAGUGUGGAGGAGUGGGACGAGGGCUUGUACACCGUGAAGGAUCCAGCGGACCCAGAGGACAUCAUGACCUUUAUGCUUAUAGUCCGAGAUUGCUCCAAUGAGCAGAUCAUUAAAUAUGGAGACAACUACCAUAUUGCGCUGUUGGGGGUGACUCCUCCCAUCACCUUGGAGUACAAGCCCAGUGCUGUGGAGGCCAAGAUGACGUCGAGACCUGCUGUGGUGCUGCUGACCCUUACAGGGAAGGCCAUAGAAGGCUACCACGGUCGGAUUAGCGUAAAUGAGCGCCACGUCACCCUGAGGGCCGUCACGGGUACAGACGAAGGGAGCUACACUGUCCGUGACAGUAGCGGCAAUGUACGAAAGAAAGAGUGUCUCAACGUCAAAGAGCACAUAUACUUUGAGACCUUGCCAUACGGUGAAAAACUGAAGAUCAACCUAAUACUCAACAGUUCCUUGGUCGAUCUCUACUACACCCGGGAAAAGGACCCCACACGCCAUCUGCUCCUGGACCACGGGGAAUUUACGGAUGCCAAAAAAGACCUGGGCCUUGAGAACCGUCUCUCCAUGGAGGGUUCUUCAGUUUAUCUGGAUCAGGUCAAGGGGGCAGAUGUGGGCCAGUUCGAAAUUACCGACACACUGGGGUUCACUGUGUCCACCGUCCACUUGGAGAUGCAACCCUACAAGCUGGAGUCAGUGUAUGUAGCCAUCAUUGCCCUGUUGGGUCUGCUGGUGUUCCUCCUGCUGGUUUGUCUGCUGUCCUGCCUGAUCAAAGUGAAGAAGAGGGCCAAGAGGGCUGCAGCCCUCAAGAAGAUCGCCCAGGAUUCUGGCAAAGAGGACGAAGGAGAGGCCUUCCGACAGGUGGUCAAGAACAUCACCAAACUAAGUGAGGACUCCAAGCACUCCCAGGCAGACAAUACAGAGAAAUCUCAGAGCACUGAGGUGGAUAUUAAAGGUCUCGAGGUUUCCUCCAAAGAGGUUGGGGUCGGUAACCUCGACACCAGUGACUCUGGCGUCGGCUUUAACACCGCCCUCCCACUAGACACCGACACUGAUGCCCCCGAUCAAAACCUCGACUCAUUGGCCGUAAGCGUCUCUGUUGAUUCCGAAACCAAACCGUGUCCCCCUCCCGCCACUGCUGAGUCCAAGCCGAGCACCCCUCCAGCAGCUAAAACUAAGGCCUCCCCUUCACCCGAGAUCAAGAAAACCCCCCAACAGCCAUUGGAGCCACAGCUGGAUGUACCCAAACCAGCAGAUUCUAAGCUCAUCCCAGCCUCGAGCCCCGAGCCCAAGGCAGGUCUGAGUCCAGCUGAUCCAAAGCCCCCACCAAGCCCAAGCCCAGAGCCCAAGGCAGGUCUGAGUCCAGCUGAUCCAAAGCCCCCACCAAGCCCAAGCCCAGAGCCUAAACCAGCUGCUCCCGAAGCCGCCACUCCCACCCCGGAGAGCAAGGGUGCUCUGACGCCCAAAGCCGAGCACCCUAAACCCACCACACCGGAGAGCAAGGGUGCUCUGACGCCCAAAGCCGAGCACCCUAAACCCACCACACCGGAGAGCAAGGGUGCUCUGACGCCCAAAGCCGAGCACCCUAAACCCACCACCCCGGAGAGCAAGGGUGCUCUGACGCCCAAAGCCGAGCACCCUAAACCCACCACCCCGGAGAGCAAGGGUGCUCUGACGCCCAAAGCCGAGCACCCUAAACCCACCACACCCGAGCCAAUCACCAACGGUACACCCGAGCCGGGCGAGGAUUCCAAACCCAGCCCGAAUCACGCUGAUAUUAUCGGAGCUCCAAAAGCAGCUCCCCCUAAAACCCCCGAGGCGGAGCAGAAAUCCGGUGGCGCCGCACUGGAAGCGAGCAAGGACGACACCGCGGCUGAGGACUCAAACGCCAGCACUUGAGAUCUGCCGCUGCAAAAGUCGUUGCAGAUUUCCUCCGUCUACCAACCGCUGUAGACGAACACCCCUCACCAAAUAAUGAAGAAACCACUGGGGCGAAAGACUUAGAUUUAACAUGUCUAAUGCCUGAAUACAGUAAUAGUUUGAUAACAGUGUCGCACUCACCAACUAACAUUGAGACUCCCUAAUUUGAAGUAAAAAAUAAAUCGAAUCAAAAGCGGCUUGUUGAUGAGAAAUUAUGCAAAUGAAUUUCUUUUGAAACUUCACAAAUAACCCAUCACAUAAGGUCUUAUCUAACAUUAUGAGGCAGCCGGAAAGGUUGACAACAUUUCACUGAAAUACACAGAUUACUUAUUUGACCUUUAGCUAGUAAUUGACUUCCGUUUCUCUGUCAGCAUGUGGGUAGAACAGACAAAACGCAUGCAAAUACAAAUUGGACAUCAUCAAAACGGAAACGAAAGCCCUUCCACGCACUGUACAUAGCUGAAGUAUGGGUGUUAUGCGCUUGUGCUGGUGCUCUGGCUUCAGUGAUAUCUGCAAUACAUUAUCACAUAUUAAAAAAAAAAGAUUUGUGUGACUUUACCCACACAGGAACACGUACUAAUAAUAUUAACAUUGCUAUUUAUGGUUGAGAUUCACGCCCCCAGUGGAUGUCUCAGAUGAUUCAAUGUGUUUAGCAAAGGGAUCCCUCAAGCUUGGAUCCACCACUCUACUGCCUUUGAUCUCAACUUCCUCUUGGCUCUAUAUAAAAUCACAUUAUUUCCUCCGUUUAAUAGCAAGCUGAUGCCAACAGCUUAAUGGAACCACAGUGAUCCUGCUGCACAUCUGCGUGCAUGAAAAUGCAAGCUGUGUUAUUCCUUCUUCUUCCCUUGUCCUUAGUGUGUCCUUCCUUCAACGAUCCUCCCCCUUCUCUUCUACCUCCUUCCUCUCCUUUCCUUUGCUGGGAUUAAUUCUUAACCUCUUAAGGACACGAGCUUCGACUGAGAUUAGGUGUUUACAACAAUCUUUGUUACAAAUACAUUUUAAAAAUGCCAAAUGUCUGAAUUAUAAAUAAGCGAUAUGUUCAAAUAUGAUAAUUGAAUAUAAUAUUUGAACUUUCAAACAUCCAAAAUAAUAGAUCAAAUGAAGGGGCUUCGAUGGUAAAUGGACAAACAUUUAUCAGAUAGUGGGAUGUAUUACACAAUAUAAAAAACUGAAUAGGCAGAAUUUCUAGCUUGGAGUGCUGAAACAACACGCAAUACACACACACACACAGACUCACACACUCCAGCCUUGUAAAUAUUGCAUGUGUACGCCGGUUUAACCCCUGUAAGGCUGAUUGUUUCCAGUGUAUAGAAUGGUUAUUGUAUUAUACUUGAUACUCUAAAUUCUUCACCAUCCUUAAAUCCUGAAUAUAAAAUAUAUACACAUAGAGUACUAUAUCCACUAAUAUUCACUUACGUCUAAUUUAACUAAUUUAAGAACCAAAUAUUGUACAAAUCCAUGAAGACUUUAUUAGAUCUUUUCACAUCAAUAUUUUGCAUUUACAGUCAUUCCAACUUGACGAUACUCACAGCAUACAGCAUCUCUCACAGUAUUUACACAUUGUAUUCAAAUGUUUAACCUAUGCCACUUGAAGCACUGACUGCAGCAUGCCCACAACCGGAAAAAACAGGCUUUUAUUGUCCGUAAGUUGUGUCAACAGAAGAGGGAUGUUUUAACGUCGCCGUCAUGUGUGUUUGAGGUGCCUACGAAGCACAAAUGUUUGAAUGUGAUUGACUUAUGACACAGUGUUAAGGCAUUUUUAAUCUGUGCGUAGUCCGUUCGUACAGGACGACUCAACUGUACUGUACGUCAUGUGUGCUCAUCCGUCUGUUGUGAGGUAAUCAUGUGCCUGCUUACAUCGUCUUGCAACGUGAAGAAAACCAGUGCUGUGUUUAAGUCAUGAGUGUGAAUGUUUAAAGCCACAACAUAUCGUAAAAGAUAUUGUAACCUUGAGAUAUUUGAGUGAAUCUUGUCUUUGUUUAGUGCCUAAAAAGUAUACUGGGUAGUUGCCUGUAUUCUGUUGUUUGCAGACACUCCUUAUAGCACCUUUUCCUAACAAGGAAGAGUAUGAAAGAAAGAAGUUUGCACAGCUGACUGAACAAGGCCGUAGCACUCGAUGAAAUGCUAAUGUGUGUGACAGGUUGUCUUGAAAGUUGAUAAUGAUAACUUUGAGAUUUUUCCAGAUUACUCUGGGUAGCAUCACGAGCGCUGGGUGUCUGCGGCACACCCAGGAGUACACGAGUAAAUUCAUCAAAGCAGUGGGGUGAAUGACAAAGCUUUGUGUGAGUAACCCCCCCUCGGGGUUAUGCCGUGCUAGGCAAUUGACGAGGCAGUCUCAGAGGAGUUUCCAUGCACCACCUCUGCUGUAUGUGGUCAAUGGUUGUAACAGCGCUCCAGAGUGAGCAGGGAUGUGAGAGACGGGCAGACACUGUACGGUGCGCAGGACUAGCCUUUGGUUUACAAAUUACCAGCAUCUUUAAGAAGGCUCAGUUUAGUGAGAUUGGAGUUAUUACAUCAAACAGGGGCCAGAGGGAUUCCAGAGUCGUACCCACCUCUGAUUGCCCACUAUAAAAUAAACCACUACUUUUAAUACCACUGGCACUUCUUGCUCUUUGUGAGCAGUCUCUGCCCUCGGUUUACUUCUGCUGUUUUGGCAUUGGUGUGGUGUGACGUCCCACAUGUUCUCUCUGUACUCUCUUUUUGCACAACACUUCACACGGAUGUUUUGUAAAAUGUUUUCUUUAUUUCAUGUCUAAAGGAAUACUAAGAAUAAACAAGUGAUCAUGACA